UAUUAUUUAUCAACUUAAUGGCUAGAAGUUGCCUCCUUGAUCGAUUACAUGCUUCUUAACUCCAUCAAAUUAUCUUUCAUUAGCUAAUGUGCAUAAUAUAACUUUUUUGUCUCCAAACAAUUAUAAAAUAAUUAAAAGUUGUUGUAAUUAUUUAAGGGUUAUGUUUGAUUUUCGCAAUUGAUUUAUUUUCUCAAUGAUGAUUUUGUUAGAAUUGUAGCGAUAGUUUUUCACCAUUUAAUUAAUUUUCACCUAGAAAAUGUCCAUGCACUAUAUCAACUUGGAUGCUUUUGUAAAAAUAUUUCUGGUUAUAUGCCUUUGGAUAUAAUUAAAGAUAAUUAUCUAAUUUAUUGUCUUCAUAACUACCAUGCACUUUUUAAUUUUCUAACAAUCAUGUAACAACUACAUUUUUCUAACAACUUUUUUAUUUUUAAAAUUCUUGUAAUAAUUACAACUAUUUAAUUCUCUAAUUUAUUUUCUUUCUAACAACUAAAUCUUAUAUAUACAAUGCACUUUUUGAAUAUGAAAAAUACAAGAACCUAAAUAUUUUAUUGCACUUUAAAAAAUUUGUUGGGUAUUUCCGAUCAUUUUUUAUCUUAUUAUUUCUAUAUCUCUUAUUUUUUAGGCCUAUUGAAUCUUAGAGAUAGCAUUGUGUAAAGAAAAUAUCCUUAAAAACAGUUUCUAUACACAUCUCGAGUUUUGUUUGUUGUUUUUUUUUGUUCUGUUUUUCGCAUUAGUAUUUUUACCAUAAAAAACAUAAUUUAUCAAAUUAGUAUAGUAUAUACUUUAUGCUUUAUACAAAAAAUGAGCUUAGUUAUUUUUUAAGAAUUUCAUUACAUUAUAAUUGAAGAGAUGGGAGGAGAAGAAUAUAUUUUGACAUUAAAAUAUUGUAAUUCAUAAUAUAAACUUCAAUGUAGUUUUAGUUUGAAUGUGUAAGGUCACUUACCGAUAAGUCAACCUCUAAAUAAAAAAUUAUUGUUUUUUAUCAUAUGAUAUAUAAAUAAAUCUUUAACAAUACUAUAUUCCACCAUCAUCAAUCACCACCCCUUUAAAUAAAAAUACCACUAUUAUUAUUCAAAUCUCAACUCCCACUUCACCAACAACAUCACCCCUCAACCACUAUUAUUUUUUUAAACACCAACAAUUAUCUUACCACCACCAUCACCACCACCUCCAUCACCACCAAACUUUCAAAUUACUUAUCAAAUAUUAGAAAAUUUGUAAAUUAUUUUAUAUAAAUGUUUUUUUUCAAUAUCAUUACUAAUAGUACAAUACAAAAUAUUUAAUAAUUUUAGAAUUCAUAUAAAUUGCAAAAAAGAAUUUAAAUAUUUUUCCUAAUAUAUUGUAUUUUAUUUUAAUUAAUUUUAAUUUCCCUACCAAAUAUCACACCAAUUAAUUUUAGAAACUAAAUAAACAAACUCAUAUUAGGGCUAUAUUAACAAUCACACAUUUGUUUUUAAUUUUAUCAAUACAAUAUAAUUAAUUACAAAAUUUAUUUUUAUUUUUCUAGUUAUUAAUAGUCAUAUGCCCCCGACUGCCAUGUAGCUUAUUAAUUUUCAAAACCUGUUUUUAUUUAAUUCUAUAAUAAUUAAAAUGAAUAUUUAUAAAAAUUAAAAUAAUUUAAAUUAGAGAGAGAAAAAAAUGCAUUUCUCACUCUCUCUCUCUUUUUGACAAAAGAAUAUUUUGUUUUACCAAGAACAUAAUUAUUUGAAUGAAACCUCAAUGCAAUUAAAAUAAAUAAAUAUAAUAACUCAAACGAUUUUAAAUUUAAGAAGAAAAAAUGUAUUUUUUUGCCAAAAUCCCCUUUUCUUAUUUAUUUAUUUUUGUUCUAAUUAAAAACUUUUUUUAGAAAUAUGAUUUUUUAAAUAAAAACUCAUCAUCACCUGAAAAGAAAAUUUCAAUUGCAAAAAAUAAAAAAUCAAGCCUUGAUAAUUUUUACGUAGAAGAAUGAAAAAAUAAAAAUAAAAAUAAAAAUAAAAAUAAAAAUAAAAAUAAAAAUAAAAUUGAAAUGUAUAAAAUACCAUAAUUUUUAAUGUUAAAGUAACAAGGAUAGUAUAAUCUUCACAAAUGUAAACACACCCGUAACAAUCCUUUAUCUAGUACAGUUAAUGAGAAAAAUAAGGCUAUAUAUAAGAAAAAUGAGUUACUUUUAUAAAAGAUGGACACAGAACAUUAGUCUAUGAUUCUUGUAGGUUGGAGGUGGUGUUCAUCUCGUGACCACAGUCCUAACACGAACAACUCCCUAACAUUAUUUGAUGUCCUGUUAUAGGAUCUACUCGGAGUAGGCGACUAUGGAUUGCUUUAGGCACAUCAGCAGCUGUGGCAGUGAUGAUGACUUUUUCCAUAAUUACAAUAUAUCUCACUAGAAGAGAAGGUUCUUUUGGUGCUGUCAUAGCAAUGACCUUCAGGCUGAAGAAAUCGCAGCAUGUUGGUAGGGUUAAAACAUUUAUGAUGGACUAUCAUUCUCUUAUUCCAAAGCGUUAUUCGUAUUCAGAGAUCAAGAAAAUGACCAACUCAUUCGUCUAUACACUAGGCCAGGGAGGAUUUGGUAAUGUAUACAGAGGAAAGUUACCAGAUGACGGUCGUCUUGUGGCUGUAAAAGUCCUAAAAGAGUCCAAAGGUGAUGGAGAAGAGUUCAUGAAUGAAGUUGCAAGCAUCAGUAGAACUUCCCACGUGAAUGUAGUUAACCUUUUGGGCUUCUGCUACGAGAGGAAUAAAAGAGCUUUGAUUUAUGAAUUCAUGCCCAAUGGAUCUUUAGAUAGCUUCAUAUCUGAUAAAGGAUCCCCACAUACAAACUGUCGUUUAGAAUGGAAAACAUUAUAUGAAAUUGCAGUUGGUAUUGCUAGAGGUCUGGAAUACUUGCAUAGAGGGUGUAACACUCGGAUUGUGCAUUUUGACAUAAAGUCUCACAACAUUCUUCUUGAUGAAGACUUUUGUCCAAAGAUCUCAGAUUUUGGUCUCGCGAAGCUAUGCAAGAGCAAAGUAAGUAAGAUUUCGAUGAUAGGUGCCAGAGGAACUGUUGGUUACAUAGCGCCUGAAGUAUUUUGCAGAAAUUUUGGAGGAGUAACUUACAAGUCUGAUGUGUAUAGUUAUGGAAUGAUGGUUCUUGAAAUGGUCGGACAAAGUAAAGAUUUUGAUAUGGGAUCGGUGGAAACCAACGAGUUGUAUUUCCCGGAUUGGUUUUAUAUGUAUCUUGAUCCAGGAGAGAUUUCAACAUUUCAUGAAGGUACAAUGGAGGAGGAAAAAGAGAUUGUUAAAAAGAUGAUUUUAGUGGGUUUGUGGUGCAUCCAAACCAUGCCGUCACAUAGACCAUCAAUGACAAAGGUUGUAGAGAUGUUUGAAGGCAGUCUUCAGUCUUUGCAAAUUCCACCGAGACCUUCCCUUUCCUCUCCUAGAAGGUCCGCUCAAGAUCACUCUUCCACUGUAUCAUCACUGCCUCGCGUGUCGUCCUAGGAGGGCGGGGUAAACACAUUGUCUGCAGAUGAAAGUGACUUGUAACUGGAAAUUGCAAAUUUUAUUUAGCCUUAUAAAAAUAAAAAACAAACCUAUAUUUGUUCUUCAUCUAAGUGCUUCUCUUGGUUGAAUUAAUUUUUCUAUGAUAUAGCUCAUGCACGGGAGGAAACUCUCUCAGUGCUGGUAAGAGACACUAUCCUCUCACCUUCAUUUUUUUUGUUCAUGAUGUUAACAAAUUCUAGUAUGUACUUGAUGUUCAACAUGUGGGAAGUGUAGAAUUGAUUUGUUCC